UGAAAAUUUGCUCGCGGUCAGAACAUUUGUGUAACGCCGCCUGACUGCCUUGUAUCGUCUGCCUAACCAAAAAAACCAAAAAAAAACUACAGCAGACAUUUUACGUUUAACGUCCGGAAUUAAUGAGUAUUUCUAUCUAAAACAACAUCAAUUCAAAUACAAAUCUUUUGCUAUUUUCUUCUUGGCACGAGUUUUUCCGCGAGCUGUAAAUUAGAAAAAUUUACAAAAUUGAUUUCAAAUACUGACUGUUGGUAUGAAUGAAUGUGUGUCUAAAGGCAUUAAGAUAAAUAUAUUUUGAUUAAAACUUUACAAAAAUACGAAAAAAAGGAAACUAUAGGAAUAAUCCAGUGAAAACAAAAUAUAAUCUUUGAGGCGCCUUGUCUUGUCCAAGAUUGCCACAGUAAUGCUUAUAGUUAAUAUUUGAAAAACGUGCCGUUACGCGAAAAUUUCCAAAAAUAAUUGUAAUAUCAAAGUGCAAUAGUGAAGUUUGGAAAAAAAUGUGCAAAAAAUCACAAACAAGUUGUGAACAACAAAAAAAAACUGAAAUUUAAGACAUAAACAAGCAGAAAAUCAAAUCAAAUUUGAACAAUUUAGAUAAAAAAACGUAAUUAAAUUUAAACCAAAGCUAAAAAAAAUAAUUAAAAAAUAAUAACAACAAAAGAAAAUUAAUUAAAUUAAAAAACAACGUGAGAACGCUAAUGGCAAAUAAAACAAACGGAAAUGAAACUGCCUUAAGUUUAAUCACAAAAAAAACAGCAAACAAAUUAACAACUGAGAAGUUAUAAAAAAUCUAAAUAAUACCAACUACAAAACUCUUAAUUAAUUAAUGUCAUCAACACUUUUAUGUCAACAAAUUACGCCACAACAACAAUGGCUCAAGUCGACUAUCAAGCACAUAAUUUCACCUGUUACACCGUACCUGAAUGUUCGUCAAACGAUGAACUUGAAUUACCAGGCGAAAAUUAUGGCAGUCAAUGUUCACUCAACUCGACCGAAUCAACUACCUCUUCUAUAGAUAAUAAUAUAUUACGUAAACAUCAUCAACAAAUUAAAUACUAUAAGAAAUUCUUUAAUCCAUAUGUUACGGCCACAACAGCACAGCAACAGCAUCAGCAAAGAAUUUCUAUGCCCCUUAUAGUGACUACAAAUUCUUUAAAUACAAAUCAAUUGCAUCCAUAUAAUCACUAUGUGAAUUCGCCUUAUCAACUUCAGCUGUUGCAGCAACAUCAGCAGCAUCAACAAUUUCAGGAGCAGCAUAUACGUGGCCAAACUCAAUCUCCUCAAUUGGGUUACUUUGUUCCCUUUGCUCCGAAUUGUUAUUUCAGUCCACCGGUUCAGCGCAAGAGAUAUAGAGACAAAGAAAACGAUCGCAAUCGUAGAGCUGUCAGCUAUGGUGGCAUCACGAACAGCACGUCUAUGACCACUUUGCCACGAGCGGCACCGCGACGUGUAAAUCUUAUGAAAGAUCCUCCUCCACCACCUCCACCAAAACCGUUACUCCUGCAACAAACAUCGAUUCAAUCGUCUACGACUAGCAACACAUCCUCACUCUCGAUACCCAGUAAAUAUCCACAAUCUGAAUACAAUCUUAUUACCAAAUUAGAAUCGACGACGACCUCAUCUCUCACAGCUCCCUCCCAAUAUCAGGCGCAAAAUUUUUAUGCGAAUGCUUCUACUAUAGCAGCUGCUAGUAGUAAUAAUUACUCGUCACUGCUAUGUCAUGCCAGUUCAACAUCCAGCCCUUUAGCAGUGCGUAAGCGUGAGAAAUUAUUGCAUCGUUUUAGUGAUGCUGCCACAUUGGGUCGCAAGCUUAAAAAGAAAAAGAAUACAAAUCGUACUUGUCGUUCCAUGACCGAAGCCAUUGAGAUGUUGGCCGAUCCUGUUAUAGAAGAUGAAUUUUUUGUAAGUACUUUUUUAUUUAUUAUAAAUAUUUUAUUUUGAGUGUUUUUUUUUUUAAUUCUAUAAAAUCAAGGGGAGUUUCAAU